ACCAGUCUGAGCCGCCCCGUGGAACACUGCCCUGUGCAGCAGUGGUGACUGUGCCCAUGCGUCAGCCCCAGGAUUCGAUGACCGGCCCCGCCAGACGCCGCCGACACCGACGGCGAAUUCUACGACAGCAGCCACCCACCGAGGAAGAGACGCUGCCCGAUAGCGACAACGAAGACCGGGCUGACCAGGACGGGGCGGACGGCGGCAUCAGCGCCAGUGACCUCCCACCAUGGCCUGCUAUCGUUCCGCCGUUCUUCUACUUUCAGCCGCCGCCAUACGCAAAUUAUCCGGAGGUCCUGUUUCCUUUCGGUGAGCACGGUUCCUUAAUCGACGAACAAGGUAACAUAUUUGACCCAGUUUAUUCGACCUGGCUCGUCGACAGCGAGAUACACCCGCGGAACGAACACCUGCUGCACGGUGACACCGACACGUUCCAGCAGCUGGGAUACGCUCCUUCCCAGCAGUCCUCGCAGUCGCGGCGGCUGGGCGUGGCUGAGCGAGUGGACGAAGAAAACGGCACCGGCGAGCCUCACACCGCAGCCGAUGAGAGCACUACCACCUCAGUUGGCGCAGAAGGCUGCGGAGAUGCCCAGUUGGACCCGAAUAUCGUCGAGCACGGUCCGUGGCCGGAACUACACGCUUGCUACGGCCCAGUAGUGACAACGUACGGCACGGUAUCGGUGAUGCUUAGACACGGCGUUCGGGUCGACAUCUCGGUGGACCGCGCCGUGCGGGUUGUAAACUUCGACAAGGAAUGCACAGCGGCUGUUAGCGGCGACGGCGAUCGUUCCUGCGUGUGUCAUCCAUGCGGCCGCGUGCUGCAGCAAGGCGUCGCCGUGGACAUCGCCACAGGAAGCCGGCUGGCCAAGAUCUCUAGCCGUGGUGUCAUCUUUACGGCUCUGAAUCACGGCCUCGUUUACCUUGUCGAUGCCUCAGGUACGAAGUCGACGACAGAACGGUUCAAGGACCUCUGCUACGACGUACCCUUAAGCCUUUUCCACCUCAGCUUGCAUGAGGACGAAGAAGGAUUCAACGAGUGCUUCCGUAUGGUCAGCCAGGCGAAGCAUUGGAACAACCGGCGCGGCGACGACGUCUGGAUCGUCGGCGGUGUGCGUAUACAGCAAGCCCCGUGGGGUGACGUCCAAGUUUCCCGGGACUUGGGCAGCCACGUCGUCUGGACAUCCCCCACAAAAGGAACCAUGUCGGUCGUCACACCUCUGAUCAAGUCUGUUGUCACCUGCGACCCAACGCGAUUCUUCUUCGUCCGCAUGAACCAAAAGAGGCUGAGCGCCAACGCCGAUGGGUUUGCGGUGCGAAACGGCAGCCAACGAGCUGGUUUCGACAGCCGGGGUCGCCUGGUGUUGCUCUGAAAGUCCACGCAGCAACAAAAGCGAAAAGUCCAUGGAGGAUUACAUCCCAUCAGUGCAACACCACCGUGCUCACAAAAGGAAAUAAACAGCUUGCCCACCUCG